CCACUCAAUUUUGUCUUGGUGAAAAAGACUGCGACCUUUAAACUAAUCCAUUAUUUUUUCUAAAACGUUACCAAUCUUGCCGACUUUUCAUUCUCUGAUCAUUCUUAUAACUCCUUUCUUUUACUAAAUAAACAACAUUUAUUGUCAACUGUUAUCCAUCUUGUUGUACCUUCAAGAGAAAGAAAGAAAGAAAGACCAACUCAUCAGAAAGCUACUUGAGAGAGAGAGAGUGAGCUCUGAGGAAAUCAUCAAUGGCUUCGAAGCUCGUAGUCAUAAUUGUGUUCAUCCUCGAUCUCAUCGCCGUUGGUUUAGCCAUUGCCGCCGAGCAGAGAAGAAGUGUCGGAAAAGUUGUAACGGACACUGAGAAGACAUAUGAGUACUGUGUGUACGGCACGGACAUUGCUACAAGCUAUGGAGCUGGUGCGUUCCUUCUCCUCUUUAUAAGCCAAGUCCUUAUCAUGAGUGCUAGCCGUUGCUUCUGCUGUGGGAAGUCCCUUAACCCCGGCGGUUCAAGAGCUUGUGCCCUCCUUCUCUUCCUCAUUUGCUGGGUAUUCUUCCUGGUCGCUGAGGUAUGUUUGCUUGCUGCAUCAAUCAGAAACGCGUACCACACACAAUACAGAACGAUGUGGAACAUCGAAAACCCGCCAAGCUGUGAAGUUAUAAGGAGAGGUGUGUUUGCCGCUGGUGCUGCUUUUACCCUCUUCACCGCUAUCGUCUCUCAGUUCUAUUAUGUUUGCUACUCUCGUGCUAGAGAUGCUUACCAGAAUCCGUCCUACUAAACAUUGUCAUUCUUUUACAGCAAGUUAUGUUUAGGCUUCAAGUGUUGGAAACUAUCUUCGUGUGGGCAGUGAGUUUGUUUAGUUUCCAGUGUUACUUAUCCGAUGUGAUGUUAAAAAUUUGAUGGUGUCUUUGAGGAUACAUUGAGAAGUGAUUGUUUUUUGUGAUCGUGUGUCUCGUAAUGUAAGGAGUAGAAAACAUGCUUUGUGAA